ACAACUUAGCUGACUAUCGUUGCGAAACAUUGUGUAUAUAAACCUCCCAUCAACGUAGUACUUGGAAACACACACAUUCAAUUGCCAAACCAAUUCAAUCCUAUUAUCGUCUUUAGAGGGAGAGGUCUUGAGAAUAAUAGCAACAAAAUGGCAGGACUGAAGUGCGCAGGACUCGUGCUGCUAGUGAUGGCCACAACCAUGGCGAUUGCCGAGGCUAGGACUAUUGUUGUGGGUGGAUCUCAAAAUUGGCGUUACGGCUAUAACUACACGGAUUGGGCUCUCAAGAACAGUCCCUUCUUCAUCAAUGAUAAGCUUGUGUUCAAGUAUGAUGCACCCCACAAUGUGUACUUGCUGCCCAACCUCUAUAGUUACCUCAAGUGUGACUUCAAGGGCACGAAGUUGCUCGCCGGCCCAUCGAACGGCGCUGGAAACGGCUUCGAAGUUGUGCUGAACCAAUACAGGCUCUACUACUUUGCUUCUUCGAAUGGCAAAGACUGCUCCAACGGCUUGAUGAAGUUCUUCGCCAUGCCGCUGCCGCGAUGGCAGUGAUCGACCCCGAUGCUUACGGAAUAAGAACUGGGUGAUGAAACCGAUCGUGUCUGUGCUUUUAUAGGCAUUGAAUAAAUAGAUACUUAUCUGGAGGAACCUUGUAGUUGGAGUAAAUAAAAAAGAUCCUCCAAAAUGAAGUUCCUUUGUUAUUGGAAGCCAGUUGUAUUGUGGAUUUAAGAGAGUUCUCCUCACUUGUUUCUUCUAUUUUUUUUUCAUGUAGUAAUGUCUUCAUGACCUAAGUACGUACAUUUGAUAUUAUUUCAGGGGUCAAUAGCAGUCAAUGUAACUUUCGAGCUCUAUCUUCCAACGAGCUAUAUGUAAUAUUAUAAGCUGAGCGAUAUAGUGUGUUCUUGUAUU